AUGGCGUCGAAGAUUAUCUCCGCCAUAGUCUUUGUGUUCAAUCUCAUUGCCUUUGGUUUAGCCGUUGCCGCUGAACAAAGACGAAGCACUGCAAGGGUUGUGCAAGACACUGAGGUUCAAUACAACUACUGUGUUUAUGAUUCGGACAGAGCCACAGGAUAUGGAGUUGGAGCGUUUUUGUUCUCAAUGGUUAGUCAGCUCCUUAUCAUGCUCGUUAGCCGUUGCUUCUGUUGUGGCAAGCCUCUCAAGCCUGGUGGUUCACGCGCUCUUGCCCUCGUUCUCUUCAUUGUCAGCUGGAUGUUCUUCUUGAUAGCAGAGAUAUGUCUAUUAGCUGGAUCCGUGGAAAAUGCAUAUCACACAAAGUACAGGACAAUGUUCAUGGACAAUCCUCCUGAUUGUCAGACUCUUCGUAAGGGUGUCUUCGCAGCUGGUGCUUCUUUCGUCUUCUUCAACGCCAUUGUCUCUCAGUUAUAUUACUUUUUCUUCUCUUCAGCAGCUGAGGCCUCCCUCUCGCCUUACUAG